AUGGCCGCCAUCAACGAUCCAACCAUCGCCCUAGGCGAUAACUUCACAAAGCUUUCUGGGCCCGAGAACUUCACCGACUGGUUCCAGCGUUUCAAAGACAUUGCAAAAAUUCACGGCUACGCUGAAUACUUCAAAGACAACGUUGAAGUAGUCGCAAAGCCCAUUGCGCCCGCCUUUCUCGCACUCCAACAAGACGAUGAUGAUGUGGUACAAGAGGCUCCUCCAGUGGAUUGGCAGUACCAGGUCGCCGUCUACCAAUUCCAGCUACAGAAAUGGAAAGACUAUGAUCACGCCUCUCGCUCGGCUUUAGCUCUCAUCCACGCUGCUGUCGAACCAUCGGUGUGGAAGGAAGCCAGAGACACCAACUCGCCAGCAUCCGCGUUGAAGGCCGUUAUCAGCCACAUGAACGACGAAACGCCUAACAACAUCCUGGCAGACCGCGCUCGUGUAGUGAUCAGCUCUCUUGACCUAAGGACGCCAACUGCGGUCCGCCAAUUCGUCGUCGACUUUAAUGAGCUCUACGGAGACGUCGAUUUCGAAAACCUCACUUCAAUUUGGGCUAUCGAAAAGAUCAAUGAAGCUUUGCCUUAUGGAUACCGCACGUUUGUCAAAACCUGGGAAGGUAGCAUCACUGUCUUCCCUAUCACUGGCAGGACGUUCAAAUUGUAUCGGUUUCUUCUUCUCGACCAUGAUGAAGGAGGCGACAACCCGAAAAAGAAAAGGAAGGUUCGCAAAUCCUCCGCAUGA